UUCAACCGCCGCAUAUAUGAAGGCGACAUUUGUAGAUAAUUUCUAUUUUUAAAAAUAUUAAAUACCUUCACGAAUCUUCUUUUGUCCUCGAUUACAUGCUACAGAUCUUAUCGUACUUAAUAUUUACACCGGUUUUCCUCGUUCUACUUUUUCUUAUUUCUUAUAGUUACGUUUGAAUCCCCGUCGAUAAUGACAUGACCACAACCACCACUUUCUUAACAUUAUCAGCCAGCAUAAUUGCUACCUACAACCUAUAUAUUUUGCAGGAUGAAUACCAGACAAGUUAUAGAUACAUCUACGGGCCCAGUGUCACACUCGGCCGCUUUUAACACGGACAGCUCCUCGUUUUCUGUCGGACUCGAUACCGGCUUCUGUGUUUUUAACUCGGAGCCAUGUGAACUCAAAGUAUCAAGAGAUUUCAACGCAGGUAUCGGGGUGGUAGAGAUGCUGGGCCAAUCUAAUUAUCUAGCUCUGGUGGGUGGAGGCCGGAAGCCCAAGUUCCCCCAGAACAAAUUGAUUAUCUGGGACGACGCAAAGCAGCGGGCAGUCAUCACGCUCGAGUUCCGCACUUCCGUCCUGCGCGUCCGGCUCUCCAAGUCCCGGAUCAUCGCUGCGCUCCAUAACAGUGUACACAUCUUUGCCUUCUCAAUACCCCCGCAGAAGUUAUCUGUCUUCGAAACCGCAGAUAACCCCCAUGGCCUGAUCUGUCUAGGGUCCAAAUUGCUGGCUUUCCCUGGAAGAUCCCCCGGCCAGGUCCAGCUUGUCGAACUUGAGACGGGGAAUGUUAGUAUCAUUCCGGCGCAUAGCUCGCCAUUGAGAGCUAUCCACCUUAGUCCCAACGGUGAGGUUUUGGCGACAGCGGGAGAGACGGGAACGCUGAUUCGAGUAUUUGCCACAACAAAUUGCGCAAAGAUGGCUGAGCUCAGGCGAGGCGUAGAUCAGGCGGAAAUAUUUUCCUUGGCCAUAUCCCCCUCAAACACACUUCUGGCACUCACGUCAGAUAAAUCUACCUUGCAUAUUUUUGAUCUUCCGCAUGCUCGCAAAGCUACGCCUCCUGUGGAAGGCGCAAAUCAGAAAUGGGGUAUUUUAGGGAAGCUCCCUCUGCUCCCUCGAGUGUUUUCUGACACUUAUUCGUUUGCAAGUGCUCACUUUGAAAUUGGUGACGAGGGUCCUCUUGGUUCUGCAUAUCUCCCUCCAUUGGGCUCCUCGCUUGGACGACCAUCGAAGGGGGUUAUUGGAUGGACUAGCGAAACGACGCUUCUGGUGAUAAGUGCCGGGAAAGAGGGGAGGUGGGAAAGAUUCGUCAUUGGACAGGGUGAUGAUGGGAAGCGGUAUUGCGUCAGAGAGGGUUGGAAAAGGUAUCUUGGAGGUGGUUGAGGAGCCGAACAUAUUACGGUCUAUUCAGAAUGCCGCUUUCUUCACGAGGAAUCCACGGGACGCUUUGGGUUCAUAUGACAAUUCCGUUGAAAUUUAACGUGGCCGAUUGGUAAACUGGAUGAUCACAACACACAUUUCCCUCAUAUCGUGGAACCGAGAAUAUAUUUCUUGGGUAUAUCGCAUCAUCUGAGAUCUAGCCGAAACAGUGUCGUGAAGGGCCUUCCAGCUCUGGAAGGACAUGGAUAUGCCCUAGGUGCUGGAUAACCUUUCAAGUUGGAUCGAGAAUGGUACGAUCCCUUUCAGCCAAAAUUGGAUAUUUGGAUAUUUAUCAGGGUUUCUCCCGCAUCGGACACCGAAGAGAAAAUCUUUCUGUAGGUUAUUUUCACGCAACAAUCUCGUCUCCAGCUCCAAAAUGGUCAUCUCAGCCGCGAACUCUAUCCCGAUGGUGUCUUCGUUCUCUCGACUGUGAUGGUGACCUUGACCUCUCGCGUCGUGAGGACUUUCUCCCUUCCUCCCGGGAAUAUGAACGAUCAUCCCGAUGUCUUCGAUGAUGAGAGCGGUGGUGACGGCGGCGAUGGUCAUGUUUGUCUUCUCUCUCAGUGCUAUCACCCCGGCGUUUCUUUCGGUUGCUUGAGUGCUCCAAAGCCCUAGCUACCUCUUCCCUUUUCUCCUGUAUUAGAUAUUCCUUCAUUGGGUCUUCAUCAUCAUGCUCUUCUAUAAGCUUCUGUAGCUCCUUCUCCUCCUUCAAUAAUGGCUUUUGUUGUAUCCUCCGAUCUUCCGCAUCAGUAUCACUUUCGCUAUGUUUCGUAGUUCUCCUUCUGCGCCCUUCUUUACCGUUAUCGUCUCUUCUUGACUCUCCAAGUCCCGUCUCACCAACGGUCAACGUUGCAACAUUGUCUUCCAACCCCUCCUCCUCCUUCCUCUUAUACCUCACAUGGUCCACUCGUAUCAUUCUGCCUAGAACCGUCGCCCCGCCCAAAUUAUCCACAGCCAAAUCGGUACUCCGCUGGUCCUCAUAUUUCAGAAAUGCGAACCCUUUACUCUUGCCCGUCUCUUUGUCGCGCACUAAGUUAAGAUGUACCGGCUCGCCAUAUUGGGAGAAAAUAGUUAGGAUAUCACCUUCGCUGAGGUCGUAAGGGAGGGACCCGAUAUAGAUGUAGGCUGUGUCGCGGUAGUCGGCAUGCCAUGAAGCUUCUGGAGGCCUAUGAUUUUAAACGUAGGGAAAAAGGAGAUUCAUUAGCCAGGAGAGUUCGUAUACUUCGACUAAAUCGUAUGCUAAAUAGUGGAGAUGAAGGGCCACACGAAACAAAAAACCAACGAAAGGAAAGAAAAGAAAAGAGAGCCCUUACACGACAUUUUCAAGCUCCUUUUUGUUCAGCUCUUGGACCUGGCGGAUGGCAUUCAUUGCGUUUGGAAUAGAUGGGGACCAAUUGACCAGCGUGCUGAAUAACAACUCUUA